AUGGCGUCUGGGUUGCUGAAUCCGACUUAUUUUCCUGAUGUUGAGAAGUGUCUUGCUGGCGAGCUCCUCCUUCUUUCUUGGGACGAUCUUUUUGACGCGCUCUUCUCCCACGACGACUCAAGGGUGGAAUUUGUGAGCAAGUUGCUAUCUGAAUACCGCACUAAAGAAAUUUUGGAGUCUACAUUUCCCUGCUUUCCUGGGCCUUCAGCCUCUUCAAAGAAUGCCUUCGAAUCCCAAGUUUCAGCGAUACCCGCAUCUUCAGAUGGACACUACAGUCGCGACGAGCUCAAGGAGGAUGCCUUGUGGCUCAGCAAACAGGUUAAGCUCGAAGAACAGGAGGCUCUCCGAUUGACCAUCCUGGAGUGGCAGUAUCGUUCUGAAUCCAGAUUGCGAGAAGGGUUCUGCCAGGCUGAAGUGGCCAGUCUGAAAGACGCACUCGGGUCGGAUUUUGUCGACAGGAACUUUCAAGGGCGGAGUGGCUCCCUGGCAAGAGAAGAAGUGAUCAUAGAUUCUCGAAAUGCGCGCCGGGCCCGACUGAUUCGCCGGCACCUGGGACAACAAGUCUUGCUGUUGCGCCUGGGAAAGGAGCUUUGGGAUGUCAGCCUCCUACCGGACCUGGGCGAGACGCCGCCAUCGAAACCGCAGAGGACAUUCGCAAAAAUCCUACGACGUGGAAGAUACGGUCUUGCCGAAGACAUCGCGAAUGCUGUCAAGUAUAUCCGAGAACAGCUGCAGAAUCUUGAAUCCGUUCGUUCAUGGGAGUUAGAUGAGCAAGAAUUGAGUCUCCUUAGAGAUGUGGGGGAUACAUGCAGCCUCCAAAUGAUCAGUUUGGUCCUGGAAAUCUUGUUGCUGAGGCUGCGAAGUUCAGACGAGAUGCCGUCCUCGGAAUCGGUCCUUCUCUGGCUACAGCUCAUGUCGUCGGUAGGGUUUUUUGCGUCUUUCAACUCCGAAAUUGACGUCCAACUUGUGACAAUUCAAAAAAUACAAUUCACAGCAUCCUUAGUGUCGCUGUCCCUCCUCAGUCUGGGCUCCACGGUCGCUAUUUUGAACGAAACGGCUUCGUCUGGUCAGACAGCUCGACACGGCUCGCGGGGAGAGUACUUCUUUGAUCUCGACUGUGUGUUUCAAAUACAUGAGCUGCUUGCCAAUGAAGCCGCGAUGGGAGAUACACAAGCCGGUCCUGUAAUCCUAGCUUGGGCAGUUGUUGUUCAUCAGAUCAAACAGCUAGGCAUUGCUAUCAAGGAAAACAGAGAGAGUCACCACGUUCAGAGGACCAUUGACGGAAUUGCAACGUUUGAUGCGGCGACUGGACGCCGAAAUUCAUCGGGGGGGAGCUCUUUCCAGCCAAGCAUUUUUGAAGACCUCAUGGAUCGAUUCACGACGCUCAGCACAAACGAAGAUCCGUCAGUCCUUUUGCUUGACGCUGCCAUCGAUCAAUGCCAUCUUGUUGAAUACAUCGCACUUCUCACUGCCUCCGUGGGUAAACCCACAACAACACUCGCCAUUUACAAAUACCAAGCGAUGCAAGAGCUCAUCGCGGUCUCGCAGUCAUUCCUGGGAUAUACUCCGGAGCUGGUAUCUGCGCAGUUAGCUUUACUGUCAACGAAUCAUGACAGUUCCUCCGAGAAGAAACUUUAUGAACCCGUAAUGGAGUUCAUCGAAGACAAGCUUCUUCUGGAAGGAUUCUACGACACUUCGGCGGCUAGAUUUCCUUACGAGUGUUUGCCUUUUCUGCGAUUCUCUCGAGCAUUGGCAAAAGCUCCGAUCUUUAGUGAGGAUGGCACGCAAUAUGUCGAAUUUCGGCUCCGGAGCCUCACAUCCUUCACUCAAGCAGCAAUCAAAGGCAUUGAUUAUAGCACCACUCGUGAGGACGAAAUUGGCAGCUUCGUGGCUCUCAAUAAGCCAGUCAACGUGUUGGAUCUCUCACAGCACAAGCUGCUAACCUACGCUUACCAGGACCCAGUAACGACGUCCAUUAUCCCAGCCGGUGCGAUUGGUGAACUCAUCUCUGACCCCGAUGCCUCUCCGAAAGUGAUCCGGUGGCAAUUUGAAUUCUCGGGUCUCGCAUACAUGGGCCAGCUAUUGGAGCUGCGUUACAUGGGACUGCUAGCCACCUCUUUAUCGCCGUUUGAAGAUCCCGAAGCAGUGGUUUCGGAGAUCAUUGGUCUUCUAGCAACUCUUCUAUCAACUAUUCUGAGCAGCACUUCUUUCGAUCAGUCUGCGGAUCAUGCUCAACAGCAUUGCGCUUCGAUUUUAGACGAAGCCAGCAGCAAUCUCAAUCCGGAGACGGAUGUGAUCUCUUACAUCUUCAACAUACUUGAACAAGAGUUGCAGGCUUUCCGGCGUCGGUCUGCGUCAGUCUUUGAUUCUCGGAUCAUGACGUCUUGCAUUCAUUUCGUUUUUGUCCUCACGAGAGUUAAGCCACAUCUGAUAUGGUCUAACCUCAAUCGAACGAGUCUCUUUGGUUACGACUCAGCUGCUUCACCGAUUCCCAGCAUUGUCUCCGUAGUGGAAGCUCCGCUCCGAAACUUUGAUUUUCUGGAGAAGUGCGCAGAUCUAUAUCAGUCCCUAAUCAGCUUGGCGCUCAGGGACUCUGGUCAUGGUCUUUCAUCAACGACCGGAGCUUCAUUACGGAACCCAACGGCAUCCGCAGCAUGGCGAGUUCAAAGUCCGAUGCUAUUAGCUGCGACCGAGAUCAUGUUCCAAGUCUUUCAAGACAUCUCGGAUUGGUCAUUUCAAGAUCCGGCUCAGCAGGUGCGUGUCAGCACGACCAUCACCGAAUCAUUUUGCAAUAUUUUGCGCUACGCUUUCGACCUUGGCAUGUCGAUAGUGUCUCCCAGCAAUGUGACCAUGUCUUUUGCUAGAGCGGCAAGAUACCUUGUGGCUUCGUUCCGAUCUUCAGAUCCUGAAUAUGCGGUCCCAAGUCCGAUCCCGCGACUCAUUUUCAUAACCAGCACACUUGACCGGUCUGGUUUAGCCGAUGAAGCGUUCUUCGACCGAUAUGUAAGCGCUGUGUUGUCAUUGGCACUGCUGCUUGUUCGGUACGGCCAGUUACAAAAUCUACCUCUGUCAAUGCUUGGAAAGAAUAUUUUUGACGUUGUACCUUGCCUUGUUCGAAUGCUCCAAGCCCCGUCUUCCGUCCGCACUCCCUGUUUGAGGUUACUGCGUUCCAUCUUAGCAUACGUGGAGCGAUACCAGACUUCCUCUUUACUCGGCCAUCUGGGCUCCUCUUCAUGCGUCGACUUUGUCAACCUUGUCCGACAUCUUGACCAGAAGUCCGAGUUUCCGGAAGAACGUGCUGAACUUUGGAAGCUCCUUACUUUAUUAGUCAAAGACUGUCAGCAAUGGCUAGCCAUGGUUAUCCUGACUGGCAGUGCUCCAGGCAACUCCAAAGGUACCAAGUCAGGGGAGAUGCCUACCAAGUGCGUUCACGGGAUAACCUUCCUCCAAUCUGCCAUGAAGGAGGUGGAAGAUAUUUCAACGCUUCCUAGAAACGUUUCGAAGGCAAUGCUGGAAUUCAUUCUGGAGGCCCAGCAAAAUUGGUCUUGGGUAACAAAAGAUCUCUCAUCCUCGCCUGAGUUCUUUUCUACGAUUGUCUUAUUUGUGACCAGCUUUGAUCCCAAACGUCACAAUGAGAUAGAUUUGGCGCAGCAAAAUUUGAUUGCGGCUUGUGUCACCGAUAUUGCCACAACUCAUCUCCAUCAUGCGAAAGUCGAAAGAGACUUCAACGCUGUCAAGACCUUUUCUCCUUUGUUAAAUUGGCUCACAUCAAAUGCGGUCGAAGUUUCCAGCUACAACUCCUCAUUACACGCCAAUUUGCGUCGAAACUUUGCCGCCAAGUAUAAUGGGCUAAUAGUGUCCGACAUUCAACGCGCCGGCUUGACUGAGCGAGAAUACGGUUCAAACUUCUUUUACGAUGUCGAAUAUGCAGAUGAGUUGUUGGCAAAAGACUCGUACUGGCAAGGGGCACGUGGGGCGCCUAGUACCCAGUCUUUCUCAGCAGAGUUUAGGCGAGCGAACAUGAAUCUCUCAGCCGUGGACUCCGAAUUGGUGCUGCUCUCAAGCCUCCAGCGCUUUUGUGUUGAUCAUUGCAGGUUCUUCGUUCAGGAUCGCGAGAUCCAGAAAUCGAUGGCCAAAAUUAUCCGAAACUCUUUACGAGCAAAUUCUCGGGUUUAUCCGUCUGAAGUUCUCUUCGAAACACUAUUCCAAACACGGGCGGAUCUGGUAACGGUCCUGCUGCAUGAGAUGGUUGCGUUCGGUGUCAAAGGUUCUGACUUUGCCGGCUUGUUGGAGCCCGCCUGGGAUGCUGUCAGAUUCAGAAAUGGGUCCUAUGAACAAGCCAUCCUCAAUAACGACCUCAUGUAUUGGCGAUCGAUCGUCUCAAUUCUACUUAUGACGAUGAAGUUUCACAUCCACAAAAAGCGAAAGCCCACCAUGGCUCCCGGUAACUCCACGGCUGUUGUUCCUCUCGAUCCGGAAAACAUAAGAUUCCUCGAGAUCGCAACCAAAAUCGUGGCAGAAGGGUUCAAAUCUGCUGUUCUUGCCCUUCAGGAUCAAAAAGAAAAGAAAUUGAAGACCAAUGAUGAUUGCGAAAACAACCUCAUCGGGCCACGUGACAUACUACUCCUGCUGACACUUAUUCAAACUAUUCUCAGACUCCCUAGUCUCCCUCAAUUUUCUGUGGAGUUGUCGGAUCGUCUAUCUUCUUCUGGUAUCAUCUCGGCAUGCCUCCUGCUCUAUUCGUGGUCUCAUAUCAUCGGUGGAUCGGAGAGAGACAUUCAACCCCGCUACGCUGAAUACUGUGUUCAUCUAUUGGCCUCCAUAUCAUCCCUACCGUCUGUCGCGGAAGAGCUUGCCGUCGAAGGCGUCCUCAACCGCCUCCUUUCCUCCAAGACGUCCGAAUCACUUCAAAGCGUUCCGGGUGGCGCUUCCCAUGCUGAUGCUCGACUCAACUGCAGCUUCCUCUACCGUUUGUGGGCUAAGGCAUUACUUCCACUGUGCCUAAAUCUCCUCUAUGCCGUUGGUGGCGCUAUUGCUCCUGAGAUAUCUGCUUUUCUCAAUCGAUUCCCCAACCAACUUAUUCGCGCAAGCACGAGCUUAAUGCUCACGCCCCAAACAAACUAUGUUGGGCCUUAUGUGUUGACUCUGGAUAUGACGAAGGAGGCUACGACUCUAGCCCUAAUCUCGCGCAUCCUUUCUUCAUUCCGUAACGCUGGCGCGUCUGCUGCAGUUGAUCCUGCAACUGUGCUGCCACUGAAGGGCUAUGACGAGCACAGGAAGGCGAUAGCAGAAGACCUACGUGAUGUACUAGCAAUGAAGGAAGAUGCAAGACGAAAGAUUACCGUCCCAUCUGAAGAAAGAGAAAUCAGCUGGCAAAACGCGAAGGGUGGUAAUUUACUGGAUGCAAAGAUUGUGCGGGAGCUGCGGAUGGCCUUGGCAGCAUUGAGCACGGAUGAUGACCAAGACGAGAAGUAA